AUGGCCGACUCCCUCUCUUCGGCCGGCCGGCGACUAAGCCAGAUCAAGGAUUCCAUCAUGGGCAAAACUGCAACAACCAUCCCAUGGGACCCCGACUCAACGUCCUUCCCAACCAGGAAAAACCUGCCAAAGAUCGUCGGUGCCCCGGACGAAGCAGCUUGGGUAUGGGGUCAGGAUGACUUCGUUGGACGCUUGAAUCUGCUCACUCCAACAAGAGUCAAGGCUGCCGCUGCAGAAAUCCGAACGGGUGAGAUGGCACGCCUCGAUCUGCCCACCAACGUGCCCGAGCAGCCGGCGUUUGGUCGCCAGAAAUUUGAACACAAGAUCAUCGAUCUUCAUGAAGGGUGUGCCUUUGACGACGUCUACCAUAUGAACACACAGUCUGGCACUCAAUGGGAUGGGUUCCGACACUUUGCUCACAUGCCUACGAAGACAUUUUACAACAACACGCACGCUGCCGAUGUGAUUGGUGAGACAGCAAAUCACAAGUGCAGUAUACAUCACUGGUCCACACACGGCUUCACUGGCCGAGCCGUGCUCCUCGACUACCGCUCCUGGGCAGAGACACAGGGGAUCAAGUACGACACGGCAACAUCACACGCGAUCAGCUACUCCGACCUCGUCGCCGUAGGCAAGCACCAGGGCAUCGACAUCCGCCCCGCCGCCCAAGGCGGCGACAUCAAGAUCGGCGACAUCCUGCUGAUCCGCUCAGGGUGGACCGAGGACUUCUACGCGCGCACCCCGGAAGAACGCUCGAAACUCGCGCUCCGCGGCCACGGCGACUCGCACGCCGAGGAAGCACAGUGGGCGGGCGUCAAGCAGGAGGAGGCAGUCAAGGACUGGCUGCACGACUGCUACUUCAGCGCCGUGGGCGGCGACGCGCCUUCGUUUGAAAGGUGGCCCACCCCUGAGAAUUACUAUCUGCACGAAUAUAUUCUUGCGUUGUGGGGCAUGCCGCUCGGCGAGAUGCUGGAUCUCGAGAAGGUUAGCCAGCUGGCGAAGAAGAAUAAGCGCUGGACAUUCUUCUUCACGAGUGCACCGGCGAACUGUCCUGGAGGCGUGAGUAGUCACGUCAACGGCACGGCAAUCUUUUAG